UUUACUUCCGUCUUGAUGACGUACAUGGUUGGCUUGGGAAACCGGUUUAUUGUACGCAUGCGCAGUUUGACUUGCUCUUCCAGCAUGGCGCGGAAGCGAAGAAUUCCCCAGCUCCCUCAGUUUUUCAUAUUGACAGUCGUAAUUUCUCUGCAUUUAUUUGCGUGCCCUUUUACCAAAGUCGAAGAGAGUUUUAACUUGCAAGCCAUUCAUGACAUUCUUUAUCACAGAUUUGAUUUGGAAAAGUAUGAUCAUCAUGAAUUCCCUGGGGUGGUUCCUCGCACCUUCCUUGGGCCGUUGUUCGUCUCGGUGCUCAGCACACCUAUGGCUGCUUUACUCUCCCACCUUGAGGCUCCAAAGUUUUACACACAGAUUACUGUGCGUGGUGUUCUGGGGAUGUGCGUCUGCCUGACUCUAUGGCACAUGCAGAAACAGGUGCGGAGACAGUUUGGAUCUCUGGUCUCUGGCCUUUUCUGUCUUAUGUGCGCUUCACAGUUUCACCUGAUGUUUUACAGCACAAGGACUCUGCCGAACGUAUUCGCUCUGCCUAUAGUUUUGCUGGCGUUCAUGUCCUGGAUGGCCCAAAGGCAUGGCCCGUUCAUCAUGCUGUCUGCUUUCGCCAUCAUCGUGUUCCGCUCAGAGCUCUGCCUCCUGCUUGGGCUCAUGUUGCUGAUGUCACUUCGAUCCAGGAAGCUCAGUAUUAAAAAGUUGCUUUAUUAUGCUGUACCAGCUGGCAUUUUGUCACUGGGUUUCACUGUUGGUGUUGAUUCUGUGUUCUGGAGGAAGCUGCUAUGGCCUGAAGGCCAGGUUCUCUGGUACAACACCAUCUUGAACAAAAGCUCCAACUGGGGAACCUCCCCCUUUCUCUGGUACUUCUAUUCGGCUCUUCCUCGUGGCCUUGGCGCCACCAUCGUCUUUGUUCCGUUUGGUCUUGUGGACAGGCGGAUGCACACAAUGCUGAUACCUGCCGUAGGCUUCAUCUUGCUGUACUCCUUCCUGCCACACAAGGAGCUGCGCUUCAUCAUUUACACGUUCCCCAUCUUCAAUGUAGUGGCAGCUCGAGGAUGCUCCUUCAUUUUGAACAACUAUCAAAAGUCAUGGCUGUAUAAAAUUGGGGCUGUUGCUGUAAUUGGCCAUUUGGUUGCAAAUGGAGUUUAUUCAGGCAUUUCGUUAUACGUUUCACAAUACAACUACCCAGGAGGCAGAGCCAUGCAGGAACUGCACACAUUAGUGCCAGCUAACAUGGAUGUGAACUUGCACAUAGAUGUACUAGCUGCGCAGACGGGCGUCUCACGCUUCUUGGAGCUGAAUAGUAAGUGGAGGUAUGACAAGAGAGAAGAUCUGAUGCCUAUAGACCCACUCAUGAAGACGUACUCGCAUGUACUGAUGGAGGCAAACGCAACACUGAUAUCACUACUGAGUGGUUCUCACAAACCCCUCAUCUACAUCCAGGGUUAUGAACGCUUGCUUGUCAGUGCUUCCCAGUUUCCUCCACUCAGUGUUAAAUUAACCAGUAAGCUUGUGCUUCUUGAGAGUUUGACACACUCUGAGCUUAGCUGAUGCAGACGUGUCAACCUUCAUUUCCUACCAUUUUGUGUAGGAGAUCAGAGUAUGCUGGUAUGACUUAGUAGUCAAAACUAAGAACAGUUCUUUUUUCUGCCCCAAUAAAAACGGCAACAGAGCUAAUCAACAUA